AUCUUCUAUAUCAUAUAGUUUUGUCCUUAAAAUUUUAAUUUGCCCAGAGCAAGAGAAGAGAAGAGAAGAUGUCCAACAAUGCAGCUGAUGAAAAAAUUAGUGAGCAAUCGCAGUCGCAGUUGCAGCUGCCGUCGGAAGGGUACCCAAGAGAGCCUCUCUCUUACCCUAAGCCCGAAGCUGAGUACCAACAAAUUGUUCAAAAUUCCCAACUUUUCUGGAACAAACUUCAGCAAUUCUCUGCAUCCCUCCCUACCAAUUUCCAGAUCCCUCUUGUAGCAGGAAUACCGCUAGAUCUACACCGUCUUUUUAUUGAGGUUACGUCUCGAGGUGGAAUAGAAAAGGUUAUUAGAGAGCGAAAAUGGGGGGAGGUGAAAGGAAUAUUCAGAUUUCCAUCUUCUGUGACCAGUGCAUCAUUUGUCUUGCGGAAGUACUAUCUAUCCAUGCUUUAUCAUUUCGAGCAGGUUUAUUACUUUCGGAAAGAAGAACCUUCUGUCUCUGUGGCUGAUCCUACAAAUAGAAAUGUAACUGACUCUGCAGCUGAACAUGCUAACAAUGAUAGUGCUGCUACGAAUCAAUGUUCAGUGAGUUAUAAUCUGGAGGCUGGAAGUUCACUGAUUGGAACCAUUGAUGCAAAGUUUGAUUAUGGUUACGUAAUCACUGUGAACCUGGGCUCGGAGAAUUUAAGUGGUGUACUUUAUCAUACACCUGCAUUGCCACAUCAGUCCCAAAGGGUUAAUACUUCAGCUAAGCCUUCCCAACGGAUCAGGAAAAGACGCAAGUUGGCUUUGAAGGACCCCUCUCGACCCAAGUCAAAUCGAAGUGGUUAUAAUUUUUUCUUUGCUGAGCAUUAUGCCAGGCUGAAACCUUCAUAUCAGGGGCAAGAGAGAGCUAUCAGCAAAAGGAUUGGACUUCUUUGGAGUCGACUUACAGAGGCCGAGAAACAGGUUUAUCAGGAAAAAGGUGUGAGAGAUAAGGCGAGAUACAAGGCUGAGAUGCUGGAAUACAAGUCAUCUCAUGCACAACCGCAAUAGGCUGAGAUUAAGAAACAUCUUUGUUUCCCCAUCUUUCUUUCUUGUUUGGAAAAUCAUCAUGUUUACAUAGGCAGCUUUGGACUUUGAUGGAUUUGUGAAAGUAUUGUGCUCUGCCUUUCUUUCCCUUUUUGGGUUAAAAACUGAGCCUUUUGGAGCAGGAGCAGCUGUUGGUAUCAAAGAAGUUUCAUCCCAGUUUCCUUGAUGGCAAGUGUAAUUCUUAAAAUGGUCAUCUAUUUAUGCAUUUCUACUUUCUUCUUAGACUUUGUUUCUUUUGGAACAAUCAACAUACCAUUUAAGUUAUCAUCCUUACAAGCUCUUAGUUUUGACUUUUGAGUUGAGUAGGUAGUUGGUGUGAACUUCAUGUAUAAGACAGUAAAUAUUGCCAAAGUUGCUUUCAAAUUUAUUAGUGCGUUUGGUGAA